GCCCCGAUACUGUACCUCUCAUUGCUCUGUACAUCGUCGGCGUUCAGAACACGACCAUGAAGCUCGCCGUUCUCACUUCCGGGGGCGACAGCGCCGGAAUGAAUGCGGUCGUCCGUGCGGUGGUGAAGGCGGGCAUCCUGCAAGGCUGUGAGACAUGGGUCGUGCGAGAAGGCUACGAAGGUUUGGUACGGGGCAAUCAAGCCGAUGAGCACCAAGAUGCUAUUCUACCUCCCCCUCCCCCGGAAGUCCGCGUCAAGGACGUUAAUUUUCUGAAGAACCUGAGAUUUGGGGACGGUGCAUUACUGAAAGACGGAACUGGCGAUCUUCCCUCCGGUCGAACGCUCAAGGGCCGUUAUAUCGUCCGCGUUGGUUGGGACGACGUCCGAGGAUGGUUAACGGAGGGAGGAACUCUCAUUGGGACAGCGCGAUGCAAGAGCUUCCGUACGCCUGAGGGACGGACUGCAGCUGCCUACAACAUGAUCAAGGAGGGUAUCGAUGCCCUCGUUGUCUGUGGAGGAGAUGGGUCAUUAACCGGCGCGGACGUGUUGCGAUCGGAAUGGCCAAAGAUUGUAGGUACUCUGCGCGAACAAGGCAAAAUAUCCGAGGAACAGUACAAGCUACAUGGUCACCUCAAGAUCGUUGGACUGGUUGGCUCGAUCGACAAUGACAUGUCCAUGACAGACCUUACCAUCGGCGCUCCUACCGCUCUACAUCGAAUUUGUGAAGCACUAGACAACAUCAACUCCACCGCCAUUUCGCAUUCUCGGGCCUUUGUGAUCGAGGUGAUGGGACGGCAUUGUGGCUGGUUAGCUCUCCUUGCCGGGUUGAGUUCCGGUGCAGACUUUAUAUUCAUCCCAGAGUCUCCACCAGAGACGAAUCCUUGGGAAGAUGAAAUGUGCGCGAAGAUCCAGCGGCAUCGCCAUAUGGGGAAACGAAAGACAAUCGUUAUCGUCGCGGAGGGCGCUGUUGACAAGGAGUUGCAGCCAAUACGCGCAGAAUACGUGAAGGAUGUCCUCUCCGAACGACUGGGACUGGACACUAGGGUGACGACGUUGGGACACACUCAACGAGGUGGCAAACCCUGUGCUCUGGACAGGAUCUGGCCGACGCUGCAAGGCAUAGAAGCCGUAAAAGCUCUCUUGGAAGCAACACCCCAAACUCCUUCAUACAUGAUUGGCAUGUGCGAGAACAAAAUCACUCGCAUACCCUUGAUGGAAGCCGUGGCUGCUACACAAGCCGUUGCUACCGCUCUUCAGCAGAAGGACUUCGCUAAGGCUAUGUCGCUCCGUGACCCAGAAUUCGUCGACAGCUUGGAGGGCUUCUUCGCCACGUCCGGGUUGGAUAAGGAAGGGCGAUUACCCAAGGAGCAGAGGAUGCGUGUUGCCAUCAUGCAUAUCGGUGCUCCAGCUGGCGGAAUGAACGCGGCUACCCGAGCCAUUACGCGGUAUUGCUACCGCCAAGGUCACACGCCGAUAGCCGUGCAGAACGGUUUCCUCGGGCUUCUCGACGAUAGCGUGUAUGAACUGUCCUGGCUCACCGUGGACAACUGGAUGGCGCGUGGCGGUUCCGAGCUGGGUACGAACCGUACGUUGCCCGACGUCGAUCUCGGCGCCGUAGCCGCGAAGUUCCAGCAGCACAGGAUUGACGGCCUGAUCAUGAUCGGAGGGUUCGAAGCUUUCACUUCGCUGCUAAUCCUGGAACAAGGCAGGAAGCACUAUCCGGCGUUUCAUAUCCCCAUGACGCACCUUCCUGCCACUAUCUCGAACAAUGUUCCGGUUACUCAAUUCAGCCUUGGUUGUGAUACCAGUUUGAACGCGCUGCUGGAGGCGUGUGACUCUAUCAAGCAGAGUGCUCAGGCGAGUAGGAACCGGGUAUUUGUAGUGGAAACUCAGGGAGGGAAAUGCGGUUUCUUAGCCACCUUGGGCGCUCUGGGGUGUGGUGCGGUUAUUGUCUAUACUCCGGAGACAGGGAUUUCGCUGGAUAUGCUUCGGAAUGACGUCAAAUUCUUGAAACGGCGAUACGAGCUAGAUGUCAAGGGGCAUAAUGAGGGGCGUAUCGUCAUCAGGAACGAGGCAUCAUCGCACAUCUACACCACGGAUAUGCUCACGAAAAUGUUCAAGGAAGAAGGGGGGAAGUUAUUCGAUUCUAGGUCUGCGUCCCUUGGACACACUUUACAGGGCGGCAUCCCCUCGCCCAUGGACCGAGCUCGGGCUGUCCGGCUGUCUCUGAAGUGCAUGGCAUUCCUGGAGGAGCACCACGAGGUCUUACGGAAGCAGACAAAGAGACAAACAACUCCCAACACCGCCGCUGUCAUAACUAUUCAGGGAUCUGCGAUCAAGUGGGUACCUGUGAACGACAUGGUCGAGCACGCCGACAUGAAGAAUCGGACGGGUAUACAUGGAUGGUGGCAAGACAUAAGGGAGCUCGUGGAUGCAAUGGUUGCGAGACCGCAAAUAGUGUAGAGAAUAGAAAGCAUCUGAGUACUUAAACUAUUUGGUGUAUUGCUAUCGAUAGAGACAAGGAGUGUCCUGCGCUUUGUACUAUAGUUCUCGUAAUGCACGCUAAACAAGGACCCACAACGCGGUGGGUGACGCGG